AUGGUUGUCGGUUUCGAUAACUCCCGCAGUCACGGCGCAACAUUGAAGAGCACGGAGUUGGAACAUCGCCAACUCAGCGCUAUUCCAGCAUUCCCCCUGUCGUCUCCUCACCAAGAGCCUCUUACAACGUUCAAGCCCGUCAAUGGCGGCGUCACGUUAGCAUCAAAUGAUACCUUCUUUUCCCCAAACCCCUUCGCUUCCAGCUCCUCCGAUGACGACACCGGAUCUUCGAGUGGGCAAGAUGAAUUUCAUCUCGAGAGAUAUAGUCAAGAAACGGCCAGAAAUGGACAACCUUCACGACCAAGUCGCAAACAGUCUAGUCGACGAAGACAUCAGAAGCAGUCGACUGGAGCUCGACCCGACAAGAAGACUCGACCAGGACUGAACAUUGUCACCAACUUCUCGGGGCAGGCUAAAAGGGCACAAACCGAUGGGCUGGUUAUAGAUCAAGUACAAUCUCAAAAACCUCGACUUGGCCCACGAUACGCCACGUCCAUCAUGUCGGCGAAGGCUGAGCAUGUAAGCCACUCGGUGCCCGAACCUAAUGCUAAUAACGAUUCGGACGGAUCGCCAAAUCAGAGAGCAGAGGAGUUGAAGAGGAUCAUUGCCCGACAAGCUGUUUCGAAGUUGCAAGAAUCGCAAGCAGCACGAAAUGCGAGGGAGGAGUCGAGGGCGGCGGGAAUGAUGGAUACUGCCAGACAAGUUCGUGCGAUGGCUGAAGAGCAGGAGCUCCGAGAACCCGCCAACGCCAUAAACGAUUACUCUCCCAGCGCCCGAUCAAUCGUUAUAGGAAUGAGUGUCCCUGAGCAUGAACUUGAUGCACACCGUUCUGCCGGUGGAGCAAGCAAAGCCUACUCGGCGAACACGCCCGAUACACCUGCAAUUGUGGUCACUCCAGCCGAAGAAACGGACUCCUGGAAACCAUCCUUCUUCGCCAAAGACCGCCCUAUAUCGAGCACGCAUUCUCUGCACACGCGCAGUGAAAUGCAGAUCCAGCACGGUAACUUGCCUCCGGUGCCAAAGAUCCCUUUGGGGCACGUACAACACGAUAACCAAGUUCAGGCAACCGCAGGCGCAAGCAUUUUUCGGUCCGUCCAAGAACCUAAUCGAACGUUUGCCGGGAACAACGACCGUGACGACGAACAAGAUCGCCAGUCUUUGGAAGAGGUAUCAAGGAUGUCAUACGAUAGCCAAGAACGAAUUCUCCAAACAGACAUAGAAAGCAGACGACACAAGUCGCAGGGUUGGUGGAAUCUUAUGCUCUCGCCCAUGCUUUCGAGGAAGGGAACGAUGGUAGAGAAAGGAAACAGCAAGAGCCCAGAGACCCCUCCAGUUCCUUCGCUGCCGGCCGAUGUACGGCUAUCCAAAAGUGAUAUCGUCUCUCCCCUCACCUCCGAAUCUCCAGAGACACCUCGGCGGAUCGGGCUGGCAAGCGCCAGGGCAAGCGUUUGGUCUAGGUGGACAACAUGGGAAAGGGAAAGAGAUGGGAACAUCCGUUCCCCUCCACCCGCCCUACCUCACCCCGACCUUGACCAAUCCGCUGGUUUAGCACAAGAUGCCAACCCGAUCCCAGCAUGGCCUGUAGUCGACUUCACCAAAGGACUUGCAGCAGAAUACUAUCAUGCGUGUGCUAUCGAACAAUUGACGGGCGUUCCGUACUUCGAGUGCCAAAAUCAUUCCUGCGCCAGCAAAUUGCCAAAGCUACAUUCCAUUUUCGACAAAGGAGUCUUCUCUGAAGCCUCCCAAGACAUUCCUGCUUCGAGGCAAGUGGAUGAUAACGUUGAGGGCAGUGCUCACGCUCCCAGUAGUGAAGAGCGAGAGCUGGGGCGUGUGCUUUCCAUCCAUUCCGAGCCUGACGAAUUGUCACCCAAUGUUAGACAAGCCGAAACCGCCGCAGUUGUCAAGGCAAAGUCGGUGGAAACUCCAGAUCUCACCCAAGGGGAACCACAUCAGCAAGAGGACACCCCACCAAUGCCGCAUGCAGUUGAAAGCUCACAGGCACAAGAGCGGUCGGUACCAGACAUGGAACAACCUCGUCGUGAAGCCCAUUAUCCCAGUAUCGCAGCUGUUGCGGCCCAGCCGCCAAUCUUGUCACCGGGGCCUGUCUCCCCAGCAAUGCAUCAUACAAUGACGUCUCAGGGUGCAGUUCCCAUGACACAGAUUGACCAUCAACCUGGUCAACCACGUUUGCUGGAGCAAACAAUGCCAUCAGAUCAACAACAAGAGAAGGCGCCAACGCAGCCACCAUCAGUCACAAUACAUAACCACACGUUCUAUAGUGAAAGAUACGCAAAUGGAGAUGACUCCACUGUUCGGGAGGCAAGAAGAGAGGCCAUGGAGCGACUCGAAUCUACCACCUUGGGCCAAGGAGUCAGUCAAAAGCGCGAAGUUGCACGACAGGAAGUACCAGUCACUCCAGAACCGGAAGCCCCCAAAAAGCAAAAUCUGAUAACCAAAUUGAAAGGGCUCCUUCGUCGAAAGAAGGCGGGUGAUAAGGACGAGGCGGACAAGAAGAAGAAACACCGCUGGACACUCAUCAUCGGCAGUAUCUUGUUCCUUGUGGUCCUGGCAUGUGUUCUCCUCGCCACCCUCCUCACAAGGACAGGCGACGGCACUCCUGUGCAGAGCCAGUGGCUGAACCUUACUGGCUAUCCUCCGAUUCCCACGGGCAUAUCGACCAUAGCCAGACCUGACGCUGUCAAACAGCAGUCCCAAUGCGUGGCGCCCAAUACAAUGUGGAGCUGCGCGCUGCCCAAGGAGGAGCAGUUCGAAGUAGCCCCCAAUUCUCCCGAUCAGCCGAACUUUCGAUUCGAGAUUACCUUUCGAAAUGGCACUGUGCCAGCGAACAUGACGGUGCCCGUACAAGGGCUGAGCAAGAGGUCAGAAGCGCGCCUGCGCAGACGGGCGGACGAUCCAUUUACGAACGAUCUCUUCGAUCCUAAUCCGACGCCACCAAGCCGUGCGGACCAAAUCUUUAUCGGCAACACGACCGACAAUAUCACCCAGCCGUUCGAGGGCGAACAGACACCAUUCUACAUCACGUUCAUUCCAGUGUUUCCCAUUGAUCCUUCAAAUGCCACGGCCACAGCAUCUAGUUCGACCGGUUCCAAGCUUCGGAGGCGUCAGUCGACGAACUCUUCGGAUAUCAUCCCGGCUCCUGACGUCCUGAGCGACGGCAGUGCUGCGCCUGCCAACCUCCUCCCUAGUGACCCAUACCCAUCGUCCCAGCCCAUCAAACUGUACAACAGAGGUCAAGCGGACGAGCAUUACGGGUUCUACAUUUACUACGAUAAGGCGAUCUUCUUGCAUUCGACGGCGGCUCUGAAUACGUCGGAAUUUGCAGACGACAAUGGAGUUGACCCUGAGGACGAGAACGGGGGUUCCACCCGCGAUCAGUCUCGGUUGCGAUGCACCUUCAGCCAGACGAGAUUCCUGGUCCGCAUGUGGACGAACCCGGCGUUUGGCGCAACACUGCUGCCUCCCGCCUCCAAUGGAACCAACUCGACCGAUGCAGGGAGCGGCAACUCCGCCACCGAUUUCAGUCGACCAGGCUCAUUCCCUUACCCGACGACAAUCAGCAUCGAUCGACACGGGGGGAAUGUCAACAAGAAAGCCGUGUAUUGUUACGGGGUUGACCAACUACAGGUCAUCCAGUCCGACAUCAAGACGAUUGUGCCAGAGUUCAGAAGUGUUGGGGGGACGUUGAUCAAUGCAGCGCCCGGCCUUGUGAAUGGCACGAUCAGCGACGACCCUGGAUUCGACCAGGAAGCGGGCGGGAUCGACGGGGGGACAGGGGGGUGUGAGUGUGUUUGGCAGAACUGGAACUGAUUGAAUGAUUGAUUCAGGGCGAGAAAUUUGGCAAAACCUGGUUGUUUGUGUCACCUUCCUGUGGAAAAAGCUGAAACUUGGGGCAGAAAAGCAAGCAUUGCAUUAGUGAGAGGGUUAUGGAGUUUGGGGAAUGGUGGCUUAAGGUGAAAUGUGCAGCAGGAACUGUACGGACAAAAAAGGCAGGCCUGAUAUGGCCCAUGGGAGUGAUUAUCA